GAGAGGGAGAGAGGGGGAGAGAGAGAGAGAGAGAGAGAAUCGUGACUUUAAUCUUUGGGCGGCAGGCAUGAGGGGGCGCAUAUAGUCAGGCAGGCUUCCUACGCUCCUGUUGGUUAGUUUUAUAUCUGUCGGUGGAACACUUAAAACGAAGUAUUAGGGAGAUGUUGCGCUUAAGUUUGGACUGUUGUGAAUUUUCCACGCGAGAGUCACUGGAUCCCAUUUCUGGAGCGCCAAACUGAAACAUAUAUCCAAUGAUUCAUAGGCAGGCUACUUUAAUUUUUUUUAACAGAUCGUCUUCGGUUUCAGUCAGUAGCCUAGCUUAUAAUUUGUGGGAUUUAAAUUUCACAGACGUUUUUUUCUUCAUAUUUUCGUUAUUUGUUCCAUAUGACAUUGAUGAACUCGUUUCACUCAACCGAGCGUAACUCUCGCGGACAAUGAAGACCACUCGAAAAUGCCGGGCUCUGUUGUCCGUGGGUUUGAACCUGUUAGCCCUCCUCUUCUCCACCACGGCAUUCAUAACGACGUACUGGUGCGAGGGAACCCAGAGGGUACCCAAACCGAACUGCAGCAAAGAAAGGCGACACAACUGCAUCGAUUACGGGGUGAACCAGACGGACCAGAGCAAAGUUCACUACAGCUGGGAGACUGGAGACGACAGGUUCCUCUUCCGACAUUUUCACACUGGAAUCUGGUACUCAUGCGAAGAAAAUAUAGAUGGAGCAGGUGAGAAGUGCAGAAGCUUUAUUGAUCUGGCCCCAGCAUCUGAGAGGGGAGUCCUCUGGCUGUCGGUGGUGUCGGAGGUGCUGUACAUCAUGCUCCUGGUGGUGGGCUUCAGCUUAAUGUGUCUGGAGCUCUUCCACUCCAGCAACGUGAUCGAUGGACUCAAACUCAACGCCUUUGCGGCCGUCUUCACUGUGCUCUCAGGGCUCCUGGGGAUGGUGGCUCACAUGAUGUACACACAGGUGUUCCAGAUCACGGUCAGCCUGGGACCGGAGGACUGGAGGCCUCACACCUGGGACUACGGCUGGUCCUUCUGCAUGGCCUGGGGCUCGUUCACCUGCUGCAUGGCCGCCUCCGUCACCACCCUCAACUCCUACACGAAGACGGUCAUCGAGUUCCGGCACAAGCGCAAGCUGUUCGAGCAGGGCCUGCGGGAGGAGCAGGCCAUCCUGGACCAGGAGGCCUUCCACUACUUCCGGGACCGCUCGGUGCAGUCCGUCUCCGGCUCCGUCGAGGUCUUCCAGGCCCCGGGUCCGGGACAGGGCGGGGGCAGGGGCAAAACGCGGGGACCCCCGGUGGCCACCUCGGUAGACCUGGGCGACAACCCUGACUCUCUGGGAGAGGAGCAGUGCUGAGGGACGCCGUUCAGAGGGCACCUCCAGACCUGUGCCUGGAACCUUAUCAGAGGACCGUGGAAAGAAAUCGGCAAGAAAUUAGCGUUUUCUGACUGAAGAUGGAUGUCUUUCCAGAAGUAUGAUUACAUGAAAGAUUUUUUAGGGGGACAUGCGGUAGAGCGUUAAACAGGACAAUAAAUUGUAUGUAUUAAUGUUAAGAUCUUGACAAGUGGUGACAAUUUGUGUGCUCAUGAAAAGGCAGGGGCGUACCAACAAUCCAAAUUUGAUUUAAUUCCAGACUUAGGAGCAUAGGAGCCAUUGGUUUAUCAAAACAAGGAAAGGCCCACAACAGGUAAGGUUUGUGUGGGGAUCAAAUAGGUUUCUAGACUUCAGUGUAGGAAUUUAGGUAUGCACAUUUUUUUGGACUGUAUCACUGCCAUUCGUAAAUAUAUCGAAUGUGGAUUUAAAUUUUAUUAUCAACCUGCUACUUUCUUGCCUUAUCUUUGCGUGACAAAUUUAUGCAAGACUUUCACGCUUGCACAAUAUGUUUGUUCCAUAAGCUGUGUCAGAACUCCUGAAGAUAGGUGUAGGUAUCACAGACAAUGUAAUACUUUAAUUUGUCACUCAGAGUUAAAAAGCCAACACCACUGAUGUUAGAUGGAAUGGCACUAAGGAACGAAACUCUUUAUGCAAGAUUACAGCUCAGUUUAUAUCCUGCUUGUCCGUGCUUGUGGUCGUUUAUGAACUUUGCUGGAUUCUUACCACAAAAGCUCAGUGACAAAGUGUAUUAGUCAUUUGUAAUUCUUGAAGCAUCCACUUAUGUAAAUGUACCCAAACAAACAGAAGCUACUUUGUCUGAAUGCAUACAUUUAUUCAUGGUUUCUACUCUGUUUUCUCUUUUAUAUGUAUAAUUACACAAUAUUUGUACAAAUUUAAAUGCUAUUAUCGUGAUCAUCAUUAUAUAUUUUUAAUUUGGCAGACUGUUGUCCAGAGGGAAGAGAGAACCAGAACAUACAAUAAAGAAUUAAAAAAUG